AUGCGACGAUGUCUGGGGCGUCUGGGGCUACGCGACGCGUCUCCGGACGAAGAGGAAAGCCGGCUCAACAGUCGGACGGAUGGGGCAACGGAUGGGAGAUUAGAUACAAGAAAUGAUGGCAGUACGCAUAGUCGAUCAGAUCAUGACGGACCGACGUCGAUGAGUACGGAGAGUCGGGAGGAGGAGUCAAGUCGGUUGAGCCGAAGGAGCUCGGUUUUGGUGGAUCUCCUUGCCCUAUUUCGACGAUCCUCCAGUUUUCACAUCAAAUCGCAUCGAAUUCGAGGCAGCAAUGAUGAAAUGGACGAAGACGGCGAUGAGGACGAUUCGCACAACAUGACCAAGGACAAAAUCCUCGAAGCUAUUCGCUAUAAAAAGGAAAUUAUCGGGAAUUUGAAGAAGCAGCCCUGGAAUAUGAAGCGGAAAAGGAGAACGUUAAUAGUAGCGCGGCGGCAUCUGCAGCGCCAGGAAGCGAAAGUCUCCCGGAUACAGCUGUGGAAAUCCGAGUUGGGCAGGAGAUUCACGCAGUUCAACCGAUGGUCUAAUAAUUUGAAGAUAUACCUAAUACCAUGGGAGGCGAAGAUUAAGCGCAUUGAGAGCCACUACGGCUCCGUGGUCUCCUCCUAUUUCACAUUCCUGCGGUGGAUCCUCGGCAUCAACGUGGUGAUGUCGAUGAUCAUGGGACUUUUUGUGAUUUUUCCAGAGUGGCUAGCAGACGCUCGUGCACCAGUCGGAAGUGAUCGAUACAAUCGGACGAUGAGUUUGAAGGUAAUGCCAGCCGACGUCAGAAAACACGCUGACGAGCUGAUGAUGAUUUGGGAUUUUGGUGGCUACUUCCAAUACUCGCAUCUCUUCUACGGGUUUUACUCACGAGAAACGUAUUUCGGCGACACGAUACAGUACCGCGUGCCGGUGGCGUAUUUUCUCGUGAAUAUCCUGAUCCUGGCCUACUCGUUUUUCAUCAUCUUGCGAAAGAUGGCAUCAAAUUCCCGCACAAGCAAGCUGUCAUCCGGAAAAACGGAGCAAUACGUGUUUAACUGGAAAAGCUGGACGGGCUGGGAUUAUACGAUCGGAAACGCGGAGACGGCCAGCAACGUGGUUAUGGCAAAUGUCAUCAAAUUUCGGGAAGCCAUCGCCGAGUUCAACGUCAAGCUGAAAAGCAAGGUCCAAUUCCUUCAAAUCCUGCAGCGGAUCCUGGCCAACCUGUUGAUCGUUUCCCUCCUCGUUUUCUCAGGCUGGGCCAUCGAUGCCGUGUCGAAAAUCAAGGAGAAGGACACGUUCAUCAAGCAGAACGCGGUGCCGAUUGUCGUGUCGUUUAUCACCCUCAUCUUCCCCAACGUCUUCGAGAUUAUCGGCAAGAUGGAGAAGUUGCAUCCAAGGACGGCAUUGCGGUUUCAGCUAGUCAGGGUCUCAGCACUGUACAUUGUCAAUUUCUACACGUUUUUCUUGUCGCUGCUGGAGUUGUUGACCAAGAUUGAUGCCGAUCGAGAUCAAUUAAAGGCGAAAUACAUGGCAAAUCUGCAGAAUGAUCUGGCGAACAGCAAGGCACUCUAUCAAGUGGGGCAUCGCUCUCUACGGCAUCUCCUCGGUCUCGUCGAUCGUCUACCAACAAUGAUGUCUGCCCUCGCUCCGGGGACUACAGUGAUGGCCGAUUAUGGCCCGUUUGCUGUGCAAAGUCCUCGGGCGGCUGUCACCAACAAUGGGCAGAUGGCCUCGCAGAAUGUGACGGUGUUCAGCUACAAGCCGAUCGGACCGAGCACCCACUUCAACUACUCGCAAAUGGAGCAGAUCACCUUCCCAAUUGCGGCCACGAUGGCCCCGAAAAUGGCGUCGUCGUGGACGAAUUUGCAUGAGGAUCUGUGUUGGGAGACGCGUAUCGGACAGGAGAUUUCCAAAGUCGUGACGAUGGACUUGUUGAUGACGGUGCUCGCUAUCCUCGUGAUCGAUUUCUUUCGAGGGCUUUUUAUUCGAUAUACGAAUUUGUGGUGGUGCUGGAAUCUGGAGAAGACCUUUCCCGAAUACGGCGAGUUCAAAGUGGCCGAAAAUGUUCUGCACCUCGUCAACAAUCAGGGCAUGAUUUGGCUGGGACUAUUUUUCGUACCGAUGCUUCCGUUUUUGAAUAAUCUUAAGUUAAUAAUCAUCAUGUACAUCCGGGCGUCCUCAAAUUUCUACCUCUUCCUACUGCUCGUCAUGUUAUUCAUCUGCACGGUACCCGUCGGAUACGUGAUAGCUUCCAAGGAGCCAUCGAAGAAUUGCGGGCCUUUCAAAAACCAGCGCCACUUCUACACCGUAAUUUUGGAUGUGCUCAACGACAACUUGCCGGGUUCCGUCGUGGAGGCCAUCCAAUACAUGUCAUCGCCUGGGAUUAUUAUACCCACUUUGCUGCUUUUACUCUUGAUCAUCUACUUCUUAUUCGCGCUUGUGAGAGGACUAAAGGAGGCGAACCAUGACUUGACAAAGCAGCUGACACAGGAACGAACCGAGGAGAAGAAGAAAAUCUUCGAAUUGGCUGGUGGGCGGAAGCAGAGGGAACAGAAGUUGCUAGAGAGACGGAAGAAGAAUCUGGAGAAACGGACGAACGCCAUCAAGACGUACAGCUCGGAUGAGGAAUCGCAUCGGAUAUCAAAGAUGUCGAACAAUUCGGCCAGGCAUUUUGUGCCUUCACUGGGAAGCGUCUCCGAAGUCGACGGCACCGACGGCGAGGACGAGUUUGAAAAGGAAGAACAACGAGAAGAAGCCGCCGCCCAACCCGUGAAACUCACCUGGAAACAGAACUUCCUCGUCUGCAUCGGACUGGCCGACAGGAGGGAGUACGCCCGGAGACCCAUAUUCUAUGAUCCGAGGACUGACGAUGAGGAGGAAGAGGAUGAAGACCGGGACAUUGAAGCACAAAAUCGGCAUUCUGGGUUUUAUACGUCCCCUGAUGAGGACCAGCAUGAUAUUGAGAAUUCUGAUGGUGAGCGUCGAAAUCUGCUCCACCCAGGAAAUGUACGUCACCUCGGCUGUUGGAAGCAAAAGAUCACCGUCGCAUUCUGGAUCAAAAUCUCCAAGACAUUCCCCAAGGACGUCAAGAUCGCCUCGGCACUCAAGAUCACC